UGAGUCAGCUCUGCCCAGCCUUUGACCCCCAUGAGACUAGGAUUUGAACUGGCCUCCUUCGAGCACCCCCUCUGAGGUGAGUCAGCACACCCCACCUGUCUGUCAGGGCAGACAGUGCUCCCACAAGGCAGGAGCCCAGGUAUCACCUGGCCCUUUAGCCCCACAAAAGACAAAUCAAACUCUGGGGUCAUAGGGUCUGUGAAUACAGCAGGGAAUAUACACACACUGCCUCCUAGAGAAAAUUGCUGGGUAGGGGACAAGGAGCAAAGUCCUGUCAUAGGAGGAGCUAAAACGAGCAUUUACAGUGACUGAACAGAGGCAAAAAGCCAGUGCCCAGAGGAAUCAGCAACCAGAGUUAGUGCCAUGGAUGCUGUGAUCCGACUCCUGCAGCUGCUGGUGCUGCUCCUGACCCUGCCCCUGCACCUCAUGGCUCUGCUGGGCUUCUGGCAGCACCUAUGUGAAACUUACUUCCCCUAUCUGAUGGCUAUACUGACUGCCAAAACCAAUCGCAGGAUGGAGAGCAAGAAACGGGAGCUCUUCCACCAGAUAAAGAAGCUCAUGGAAACCUCUGGGAAAGUGACCAUGUUGGAGCUGGGCUGUGGCACGGGUGCCAACUUCCAGUUCUACCCACCUGGCUGCAAAGUCACCUGCCUAGAUCCCAAUCCCAACUUCGAGAAGUUUUUGACAAAGAGCAUGGCAGAGAAUCGGCACCUCCAGUAUGAGCGGUUUGUCGUGGCUCCUGGUGAGAACAUGAAACAACUGGCCGAUAGUUCCAUGGAUGUGGUGGUCUGCACACUGGUCCUGUGCUCUGUGAAGAGCUCAAAGAGAGUCCUGCAAGAAGUCCAGAGAGUUUUGAGGCCGGGAGGGCUGCUGCUGUUCUGGGAGCAUGUGGCUGAGCCUCGUGGAAGCUGGGCCCAUAUGUGUCAGCAAGUUUUGGAGCCCACCUGGAAACAUAUCGGGAAUGGCUGUCACCUCACCAGAGAGACCUGGAAGGACCUUGAGAAUGCCGGGUUCGCUGAAGUCCAAAUGGAAUGGCAGCCCCCUCCCCUCAAAUGGUUACCUGUUGGGCCCCACAUCAUGGGGAAGGCCAUAAAGUAAACUUUUCCUCAAGCCUUCAGGAUAACCAUUCAUUCCCUCCCCAGCCUCCACUCACCAGCCAAGGCUAUCGUCUCCUGAAAGAAGUCUGUACAUCAUCUUUAUAAUAAAUUUUUU